AAGACCAACUUUUAAUUAUCUAUUUUUACCUUCUCACUUUCUCUUCAUUUUUUUACCCUUUUAAAACACACCAAUUCUCUCACACCUAUUCACAACCCUCUCCUCUCUCAACUCCUUCAUCUUCACGAAGCUAAUGGACUUCCUUCCCCCAGUCAAACCAGAAAGUGUGGAGGAGAUAGUGUUGAUGGAAUAUGAUGAAGAGAACAACCAACUCGAAGCCGAGUUUUGUCCGGUUGAGCAUCCAGUUGAACCGGAAGAAGAAGAUCGUCCAGUUAAAUGUCCCGUACCAAUCUCAUCUUCUCUUAUCCACAAUUCAACGGACAAAACCAAACCGGACUGGGUCAAACACAGAGCCAGCUGCGAAACUCCGGUUUAUCCACCUCCAAGGCAUGUCCGUAACGUAAGGAAGAGACGCAACUCGUUCGUCGAAGGAGACAACAGUUUCUUCACAAGAUCUAUGUUCUCCACAUCGACUCACGAGGAAGAAACCACAUCUCGAAGAUCCACAUCUCGAAGAUCCACUGCCACAACAACAUACCGAGUUUUUCAACAAGUUCACGAGAUGGAGCCGUGAAGAAUCCAACUUUAUGUUUUGAGAUUUUAAACUAUAUCCCUUGUUCGAGUUGCUUUUAGUUUCUGUUGGGUUUAACGUAGAUCGUCGUUCUGUAGUACCAAGUUUUCGGUAUAGGUGUUAUAUUUUCAUUCGGUGUUAACCGGCCCGGUUGGGUACGGUUGGCAGAUAUGAAAGUUCAUAUUUUCGUGUAUGUAAAUGCGAGACCCAAUGUUAAAUUUGGGCUUUCCGUA